AUGAGCACUCACGACCUCCUGCAGACGGAAGCUGUCCUUGACGAUGAGGAAGACGAGUCCUUUGGCGAGGAGGGCGGACAAGACAAGGGGCAGGAGGAGAACGGUCACUACGAUGACUCUAGUGACGAGGAACUAGAUGACGAGGACGAGGACGCCGUUCGCGCGGUCCGGGAAGGGUUUAUCGUCGAUGAGGAUGAAGAGGACGAAGAGCGGACGGCCAGACGACGGGAUAAGAAGAAGCGUCGAAGGGCGGAGCGCAUCGAGGAAGAAGAGCUGCUCGACGAGGAUGACCUCUACUUGAUCAGAGAGAACAAUCCAGACUUUGAACUCCCAAUGCAGAAUGAGUCCAAGUUUAAGCGUCUAAAGCGCGGACACAAAGUCGGGCGGGAACAACCGCAAGGAAUCAACGACAUCUUCAAUUCGGAUGAAGAGGAAGAGGCAGACGCUUAUGGGCACGGUCGAGGCCGAAGGAACAUGCACGAUGACCUCGACGACUUCAUCGAGAAGGAUGUUUUCUCCGACGAAGACGAGCGGCAGCAAGAAGACGAGGAGAUCGCACGUCCAGCCAGAAAAGGUCUUUCCGGUUUCGCCGUGACUGAAGCGACCGGACUUGAUGAAGCUGCUCUCGAGGAUAUGCGCAUGGCUUUCGGCGACGGAAACGACUACUUGUUUGCUCUCGAGAUGGAAGACGAGGAGGAAGAGCAGCAAGAAGACGAGGAGAAGCAGCUGGACCUCAAGGACGUCUUUGAGCCCUCACAGCUCGCCGAAAAGAUGAUGACGGACGAGGACAACAUCAUACGUUCGACCGACGAACCCGAGCGGUAUCAGAUCGCCAGAAAGCCCUACCAGCAUGUCAUCUUGACAGAAGAGCAGUUCAGGGAAGAGGCUGUCUGGAUAUCGAAUCUGAUGCUGUUAAAAAAGAGGCUCAAUUCAGAUCUACAUGAGCCCUUCCAACGGGCCGUCGCCAAAGUUCUCGAAUUCAUGGUCACGGACGACUGGGAAGUGCCCUUCAUCUUCCAGCACCGGAAGGACUACCUCAUCCACGCCGUUAAGAUCCCCAUUCCUGACGGCGGAACGAACCCCGAUGGAGGGAAAUAUAUCGUUGAGGCUGAAAAGCUUCUAAGUAUGAUCGAUUUAUGGGAUAUCUUUGAAUACGACCUCAAGUUCCGCGCCCUCAUCGAUAAACGGAACACCCUCCAGACCACAUACGAUAACCUGCAGACGAUCUCUAACGUCAAGGACAAAAUGUUUGAGGAGAUGCUUCCCGCAGCUGUCACCAUGGAGGAAUUACAAGACGUCCAGGACUAUCUCUACUUCCAGUACUCCACCGAGCUCAAAGAUAUUGCGCUCUUCAACAGCAGCAAUAAUGAAGGAGAAAACGGCAUCACUUCCCAGCGCCGGAAGGCUUCAACAAAAUCAUUUUUCGAACGGGUUCGCAAUAGCCGUGCAUAUGGACUGGUUCGCGCCUUUGGCAUCACUCCUGAUGCCUUCGCACAAAACGCUAUGAAGACUGGCCGCCGGCAAUAUAUAGACGAUGCAACUGAAAAGCCUGGCGAUAUGGCAGAUAACCUUCUUGACUCUAACUUCACCAACGCAAGCCACGCCAUGAAAGCUGCUCGAACCAUGUUUGCAGAGGAACUUACCGUGAGCCCCAGAGUCCGAAAAGUCAUGAGACAGGCGUUCUACAUGAGUGGUGUAAUUGAGUGCUAUCGAACGGAGAAAGGCCUAAAGAAGAUUGACGAGCAUCAUCCGUACUAUGAGUUCAAAUAUCUCCGUGAUCAACAACUUUCAGAUAUUGCACGUCGCCCUGAGCUCUUCUUACGGAUGCUCAAGGCCGAGGAGGAAGGUCUUGUAGAUAUCAAAGUUCACUUUAAGAACUUUAAGUCAUUCAAGGAGCGCCUAUAUCCCGACAUCCAGUCCGACAACUUCAGUGAGAUUGCGGAUGCUUGGAACAAGGAGCGAAAGGACGUCCUGGACCUAGCUCUCAACAAACUGGAGAAGAUCAUGAGCAAGGGAGUCAAGGAGAAUAUGCGGACGGAGUGUGAGAACCACGUCGCGCGCGAAUGUCGAGAAGUCUUCUCACAGAGACUCGAUCAAGCCCCUUACAAACCCAAGGGAAUGAUCCUAGGUACCAUCCCUCGAGUCCUCUCUCUUACUAACGGAUCGGGAGUUGUUGGGAAAGAUCCUAUCUACUGGACGUGGGUCGAAGAGGACGGACGAGUAUUAGAACACGGGAAAUUCGUUGACCUCGCCCUUGGUGACUCCGACCGUAUGAUAGCCGACGGCAAGGAUGUGGAGGCGUUCGUUGAACUUGUUGAGCGCCGGAAACCUGAUGUCAUCGGUGUAUCGGGACAGUCUCCCGAAACCAGAAAACUGCAUAAACAGCUAUCAGAGCUCGUCCAAGCGAAGGACCUACGCGGUGCUUUCUACACUGAUGACCGAGAUGAGGAAGUCAGCGAUAUCUUGGAGGUUGUCAUCGUUAACGAUGAGGUUGCCAGGCUUUACCAGACGAGCCGCAGAGCUGAGAUGGAUCACCCAGGCUUCAGCCCCCUGAGCCGAUACUGCGUUGCCCUAGCAAAGUAUCUCCAGAACCCAAUGAAGGAGUAUGCCUCGCUGGGCAGGGACGUUGUGUCUAUCCAAUUCAGGCCCGGCCAGCAGCUCAUUCCCCAGGACAAGCUAUUAAAGCAGUUGGAAACCGCUCUUGUGGACAUGGUUAACCUGGUCGGCGUCGAUAUCAACGAAGCUGUCAGCGAUGUCUCGUCAGCGAACCUUCUUACAUACAUCAGUGGCCUCGGUCCCCGAAAGGCGUCUCAACUCCUGAAAGUUAUCAACAUGAACGGCGGCGUGGUUAAUAGCCGUAUGGAACUCUUGGGAGUAAAUGCGCAGUACCCAGCCAUGGGUGUCAAAGUCUGGAACAACUGCGCCAGUUUCCUCUACAUUGACUAUGAUAACGCAGACCCUGACACUGACUAUCUCGAUAAUACUCGUGUGCACCCCGAAGACUACGAUAUCGGCAGGAAGAUUGCAGCGGAUGCCCUCGAACUUGAUGAGGAAGAUAUCAAGGCAGAGACAGAUGAGAACGGACAAGGUGCUAUUGUUCGGAAGCUUAUCAAGGAGGAUGCACAGGAUAAAGUAAACGACCUGUUGCUAGAAGAGUAUGCCGAGCAACUGGAGAACAAUCUUAACCAGCGCAAGAGAGCCACUCUCGAGACCAUCCGUGCAGAGCUGCAGCAACCCUACGAGGAGCUCCGCAAGCAGUUCGUCUUCCUUGGCACCGAUGCCAUCUUCACGAUGUUUACAGGUGAAACCGCCGAGUCUUUGGCUCAGGGCAUGAUCGUACCUAUUACCAUCAAACGUAUCUCUGAUGAUCAUAUUGACGGCAAGCUUGACUGUGGAAUUGACGCCCUCGUCCCAGAGGCGGAAAUGACCGAUCGAUACGAUAUCCCUAUUCGGAGCCUAUACUCCCCCCAUCAGACGGCUUUGGCGAAGAUUCUCUACCUCAACCGAAAGGCGUUUGUUGCCAAUGUGUCUCUCCGUGAAGACCAGGUAACCAAGCCCUACCGUCGACAGCUGGACCACAUGCGCGGCGAAUGGGACGAAGACCAGGAGCGUGCCGACCAGGAAGCGAUGAAGGAGAAGACCCAGACGGACCAGCGUGUGCUACGUGUCAUCAAACACCCUCUCUUCCGCCCGUUUAAUGGCAGACAGGCCGAGGAGUUCCUUGCUCCUCAAAGUCGUGGUGAUGUAGUGAUCCGUCCGUCAUCCAAGGGCCACGACCAUCUUGCCGUCACCUGGAAGGUAGCCGAUGGAGUAUAUCAGCAUAUUGAUGUUUUGGAGUUGGAUAAAGAGAACGAAUUCACCGUUGGCAAGAUCCUGAAAAUUGGCGGUAAAUACUCAUAUUCCGAUCUUGACGAGCUGAUCGUCAACCAUGUCAAGGCAAUGGCCAGGAAGGUCGAUGAUAUGAUGGUGCAUGAGAAGUAUCUGAGCGGCACCAAAGAGGCAACAGAGGGCUGGUUAACAACCUACACUACAGCCAAUCCUACACGAUCAGCUUAUGCCUUCUGCCUCGAUACCAAGCACCCUGGAUACUUCCAUCUCUGCUUCAAGGCCGGGUUGAAGGCACCACUGAACAGCUGGCCUGUCAAGGUGAUCCCACAAGGCUACGAACUGCAGCGUACUCCAUAUCCCGACAUGAGAGCUCUCUGCAACGGAUUCAAGCUCCUCCAUGCCAACAUGCUGGCUUCACAGCAGCGUCGUGGAAGGUAA